UCCUUAUUGGAAGUUAAGAUGGUCCUUCUUGCAACAUGGAUGGAUUUAGCCAGCACAAUCGACAUAUAUCUGAUUCCUUCAUAUCCAAUCAUCGAUCAAUCUGUCACUUUACAAGUUGCUGAUAUCAAUGGAACAGUUCGUAGUUUUGCUUGGUUUAAUGGAACAGUCGUCCAUACUCAAAAUCAAAUUCUCUCUUACUCAUCAAGAAAUAAUCCACCCCAAGUGGCUGGGACCCAGUACUUCUCUAGAGCCACUGGUUUCCCUAAUGGAUCAUUGCACAUUACAAACCUUGUUACUACAGACCAAGGUAUUUAUACAGUGGAGGUACAGACAUCUAAAAGAGUGCAAAGAGCUUCAGUUUACCUGACGGUAUAUGAUUAUGUCACUAAACCUGUGGUCAGAGCAUCUAACUGUCACCCGCUACAAAAUGAAGCAGUUAAUCUAACAUGUGUUACAAUCCAUGCACAAACUAUAUUAUGGGGCAGAGGCAAUGCUGAGCUCCCUCUCAGUGCCACUCUGUCCCCUGAUAAUCAGACUGUCACCUUCUCCAGUAUUAAGCCUUCAGAUGGAGGAGAGUAUUGGUGUGAGGCUGUGAAUCCUGUGAGUAACAGUACAAGUGACACCUACUUACUGACUGUAACCUGUGCAUGUAAAUCACAGACUGCGUCCUGUGCUGCAGUUACAUCUGGAAUAAUUUGUGGAACUAUUCUGGGAACAAUUCUAACCAUUGCUGCCACGUUCCUGCUGUACAAUUAUUAUAUUAUUCCUAAGACGAAAGAGAAAACUAAACGCAGAGAGUUUGUUGCAGAGUCAAGAUCGGAAAAUCAAGCUCCAUCAACAAUUUAUUAUAAUAUGCAUGCUGUCCCAGGGGUGAAAAACCAAUCUCCAAGAGAGGAAUCAUCUUAUAUGGAUCUGGAGUACAAAUCACAGGACACAUAUACAGAGCUGCAGAAAUAACAGAUACAUCUUUGUAAAAAUUCUAACUGAACUCAUUUAAAUAUCCUGACCAUUCUUAGCAAUGGCGAGCGAUGACCAGAGAACCCCAACAUGUCAUUUAUUGGUUGCGUGCCAUGGUGAAGACAUCAGCCAAACCAUUUUUUUUUUAAUUAUGCCAACUUUUAGUAUACAGUAUGCAGUAUAUUGUCGGAGAGUGCAGCACUGUAUGCAAGAUUUGCAGUAAGAAUACAUUUAUUUCAUCGGAACUUACGAAAAAGAAUGUUCUUUCUCAAAUUAGACUAAUGACGCAAAGCAUUAAAACCAAAAUGAGAUCCUGGAAAGUGAACAUUACAAAUAAAAUAUAUUUAAUAUUUCAAAACAAUGCCCACUUACUCCACAUAGUUUGUGACUAUAGGACAUUAUUUAUUAAUGAGCUGUUACUUUAAUUAAUAUCUGAAAGUGUGCACUAAAGUACUUUGGGCCCUAAUUUGCAG